UCCAAACAUCAUUCAAAACGAACUUUAUUUACACUGGCUGUGUUGCUGCUGGUGCAAAUGCCCUUGUCAGUGCAGCUCGCUGUCAAGAUAAAGUUUGAUAUCUAGUGAAGAGCUGUGUUUUCGUUUAAUUCGUCUAAAUAGACUCUUACAUUAUUACAUAUCCUUGCUUUUAAGACAAUGGCGGCGAAGAUUUUGCCUGUAGUCAAACUUGCAACAAAAGUGACCAUUGCAGGAGGUGCCAUAUAUGUAGCAUAUGAUUCAGGGUUGAUCGGAGGUAGUGAGGAGGGUUCGGUUGCCUUGGCCAGAGCUAAAGCUGCGGUCCCCCCUGCUGUAGAAGAGUGGACGAAGUACUUUGGCUUUGAGCUUCCAGCCACACCUAAAAUCGAGUUCUCCCCACUGGAUGCAUGGAACUCAGGAGUGCAGAAGUCUAUUCACGCCCUGUCAGUUGCUCCCUCCACAAUGAACGACUACACCAAGCAGGGUCUACAGUACCUUAAAGACUUUUCAAAAUAAGUAUUUAUCUCUUCAUAACCAGCAUAAUACAGUAUACGUAUACAAUCUCAUGUUUCAGCGCCUGAGAGGACUGACAAAAAAGUUUUCCUCUGUGUAAAUCUCUGACUGUAAUCUAAAAGACUGAGAAAAUGUAAAUCCCUACCAGGAAUGAUCCGUUUUAUGUUCUGUUCACACAUUUCUUUGGGGUUAACUUAACAAAAAAUACCUUGUAAAGGUCCAAGAUGAGUCCUAAUUUAAAAAAAAAUAUAAACAUGUCCUAUAUGUAUAUUGCUAUUAUAGUUAUUUUAUUUAUCGAUAAAUCUCUUCAUCCCAGACACAAUAUUCUGUAUUAUGGCAUACAUAAUGUGUAAUUGGAUAUUCUAUCCAUUUAUGCAUUCCUGAAAGAACCCCAGUAUGUAUAGUUUGAAUAAGAAAUCCCUUGUUGCUUUUUCUAAUGUACAAUAAAAUGUUAUAAAAUUA